AUGGAGCCGCGAAGAGCCUCUGGUGACCUUCACCGAGGAGAUGAAGAGUUCGGUACUCGUACCAUUGACGAAAAGACUCAUGAUUCGACUCACGUGGAGGAUGUGAAGGGACGAGAUGUUGGCCAGAUCUGUGGACUCACUGAGGCCGAGCAGAAGAAAGUCAUGUAUGCCAACCUGCCAAGUCCAUCAUAUGCAAUCAGGAAUUCUAACUCAGAACUCAGCCGUCGCAUCGAUAUUCGUCUACUUCCGAUUCUAGGCAUAAUGUACUCGAUUUCUCUCAUCGACCGAACGAAUCUCGGCCUUGCUUUGGUUGCGGGCAUGCAGGAAGAUCUAGGGCUGGCUGUGGGAAACAGAUACACUGUCAUUGUGAUGGUGUUCUUUGUUGCAUAUAUGUCCAAUCUCGUACUCCCGAAGGCAGGACCCGCAAACUGGCUUUCGUUCCUCGGUGUAGGUUUUGGCGUGGUCCUGAUCGGCAUGGGCUUUACCAAGACCUGGGGGAUCUUUAUCAUCGAAGGCGCAAUCACCGUGGUUGUGUGUGCUCUGGGCUGGUUCAUCAUCAUCGACUUUCCAACCCAGGCUGGCAAGUUCCUGAAGCCAGCAGAGCAGGAAUUCAUCAUUGCCCGUAUCAACCAAGAUCGUGGAGAUGCCGAGGAGGAUCACAUUAAUCUGGCCAAGAUCUUGCACCACCUCAAGGACUGGAGACUGUACUUUUGGGCAUUCAAUCUCAUGGCCUCGACGCUCCCCGGAUACGCUUACUCCUACUUUCUUCCAAUUAUUCUUCGCAAUGGUAUGGGCUUCAGCAGCACCCAGGCGCAACUUCUUUCCGCGCCUCCUUAUGUCCUAGCAGCUAUUGUAGCCUACAUCUCCGGCUAUCUCGGAGACAGGUACAAGAUUCGAGGGCCUAUCAUUGCAGUCCAUCAAGCUUUAACUGCCGUCGGAAUGCUGAUCACCGUAUACGGCAAAGCUAAUGGUGCUCGCUACUUUGGAGCAUUCCUUGGUAUCGGAUUCCUCCAGUUUUGCGUCCCCGGCGUGCUUACUUUCCAAGCAAACAACAUUACUUCGCACUCAAAACGCGCUGUCUCAAGCGCAACUUGUCUCAUUGGAGGCGGCCUCGGUGGCAUCAUUGCAAGCACAGCUUUCAUGUCAAAAGAAAGUCCUCACUACACUACCGGCAUCUGGACAACUUUCGCCAUCUCUAUGGUUAGCAUUACAAUGAUCAUCAUCAUGGAUAUCUACUUGUGGCGUUGCAACAAAGCAGCAAAAGCAGGGCACCGCAGGAAUGAGGGCAUGGAAGGCUGGCUGUAUACACUGUAA